GAUAUUUCUUUCAGUCUCUGGUUGUCGAUGUCACAGUGAAAACGCGCGCGCGGGAUUUCCUGUCUGUUCGAUAAGCGUUGAGCGAGCGCAGCAAAUCGCAGUGAAUUUUAUUGGGACGUUGUGGCAGACUGAAAUCAACUCUAUUCCAACCUACAUUCCUUCACUCUGGCUUCGAUUUGGCGCGUACACACUUACAAAUAUGAAUAUAAUAUGAACUGGCGUCCGAUGAGUUUAUAGGCCAAUAACUGGAGUAAGAGACGUGGUCGUGUCUUUAUAUAUAUAGAUAAACAAAUAAAUCCGAUAUUUAUGAGUCAGCGCUUCGAAUUGCUGUGGAUUAAAUGCGUAUGCAUGCAUGUAAAUGACUUUGCCUUUAAUAAAACUGUGACCGAAGACAUGAUAAUAUCGGUAAUUUUGCAUGGGAUGACGAUUACUAAUUUAGGCAUACAAUAGAAGUGAAUAGAAUUACUGGCAGGCAGAUUCAACGACGCGACGGAUUUAGAACGAGCAUCAGAUUAACAGUACGGGUGCGUACGAGAUCGCGUACAUUGUAGUAAAGAGCUAAAUAGUGACAGUGCAAAAUGGCGGUGGCGACAACAAGCAAACUUUUCGGCGUUAGCAACGUCAGUUUCGUCGUCUAUGGCGUAACGAUAGCGUUUUGGGCGCUUUCACUUGGAAUACAACAAAUCGACGCACAAAGCCCACCGCAGCAACAGGUGUGUCCCGAACAGAAUGAUAUUGCACCCUGUAUAUGUACUGUAAAGAAGAACGGUCUGGAUAUAUUGUGUGAAACCACAGAUUUAGCUCAUAUAACUAAAUCUAUGGGCACUUUAAAAGGGCAAAGCCCCAUAAUAUUCUAUUUGAAAUUGCGCCACAACAACCUACCUAAACUACAGGGAUUUGUAUUUCUGGCACUGGACAUCCGCCAUUUGACUAUUCACAACAGCAGCUUGGCAGCCAUAGAAGAGAAUGCGCUCAGCUCUUUAGGUAAUGGACUCACACAGUUGGACAUUUCGCAGAAUCAAAUGAAGACUGUACCAUCUUCAGCCUUAAAGCAUCUCUACCAUUUGUUAAUCCUGAAUUUGAAUCAUAAUAAAAUUAGUGUUAUUCAUAAUAAUGCAUUCGAAGGCAUGGAUACUUUGGAAAUACUUACUUUGUACGAGAACAAAAUCGUCACCAUAGAGCCCGAAGCUUUCCGAGGCCUUGAAAAAAAAUUGAAACGGUUAAAUCUUGGAGGAAAUGAUCUCACUGCGAUACCACAACAGGCGCUCUCUAUACUUGACACUCUGAAGAAAUUAGAAAUUCAAGAGAAUAAAAUCGGCAGCAUUCGUGAAGGCGAUUUUGCAGGAAUGGAGAGUUUGGACUCGUUGAUCUUGGCGCACAACAUGAUCACCACUGUACCUGCAAAUGUGUUUUCCCAUCUAAGUAUUUUGAAUUCAUUGGAAUUGGAGGGAAAUAAGAUAGAAAUCAUUGACAAGGAUGCGUUCAAGGGUUUAGAAGAGAAUCUGCAAUAUCUCCGCCUGGGCGACAACAAUAUUCAAUCUAUACCCAGUGAAGCUUUGCGUCCACUGCAUCGGUUGCGUCACCUAGAUUUAAGAAACAACAACAUAAGUUUUAUACAAGAAGACGCUUUCGCUGGCUAUGGGGACUCACUGACAUUCCUCAAUUUCCAAAAGAAUGACUUGAAAGUUUUACCGAGUAUGAUUUUUGAAAAUCUCAACUCACUCGAAACGCUCAAUAUCCAAAACAACAAGCUGUCGCGCAUACCACAAGAUAUAAUGGAGCCAAUCACUGAUACGCUGCGUAUAAUCGAUAUUACAGAUAACCCAUUGGUGUGCUCGUGUGAGCUCACCUGGUUCCCGAAGCUUUUGCAAGAUCUGAAGAACAGAGAUGACGAAAUGGCGCAGAAGAAGAAGCCCACUUGUCUCAUGCCCAUAGAAAAUCGACAAUACUACGUACAAACAAUGCCAUUGGAGAAGAUGCACUGCGGUGGCAAAAACGCCGCUCCCAACCUACUCAACAAUGCGGUGCUGCCUGUGAACGUGCUCACCAACGUAGCCGUCAGCAUAUUGGCAGCAGUGAGUAGAUUUUAAGCUGCCACACGCUGAGACACCGAUGCUGUGAAGCAAUUUCAUUGAAAUUUACGAAACCAAUGCAAUUGACUGCAUUACGCUUUGAAAUAAAAGGAUCACAAACGCUUGCUCUAUUGUACGCCGGGACGUAAUACAUUCAUACAACCAAACAUCCAUACAUAUAUACAUUGGCACAACGCCACAGCCACAGCAGUGGAAAUGUUGAAGAGUGUCAUAGAUACGCGCACAUGUAUAUUUGCUGAGAAGGAUUUUCGAAUAUUAUUGAAAAUGAAACAUGCAUACAUAUCAAACGGAUGCCAUUGAGCUCCUACCAACAUACAUAUCAACUACUAAGUACUAAGUUUUUGUGAAGAGUAUUUAGUAUAGCCUAUAAGAUGAUUGAAUUAGUUAUACACUAACGUUUACUUUUUGACACAUGUAUUUUGCUGAUGCCGAAUGUUACCUAAAAGGGAGAACCAUUGAAACUACAUAAGCAGCUAUAUGAACUACUUAUAUCUAUGUAUUUAUUGAAACUAAGUAUAUAUGUAUGUUUACGCCUAUUAUUCCUAUUCCAAUGUUUACUAACAAGUAUUUGCUAAUAUUUGCUGAAGCUAUAUAUUAUAAUUUUUAUUUCAUAUACAUACAUACAUACAUAUAUUUAAUAUACUAUAUAUUGUAAUAAUCUAACGUCAAAGGGAAGCUACUAAUGCAAAAUCAAUGUCGUCGUUGUGAGAUACAAUCAUUUUUGGGUUUGUGUAUAUUUAAUAAAAGAAAGACAUAAUCGAAAUUUAUAAAUUUAAACUAAAUUAGGAUAAUUCACUUCAAAUUCUAUGCAUACAUUGCCAAACAUAGCUAAAUGUGUAUUUACGUGUAUGGCAUUAAAAGAGAACCAAAUUUCUAAAAUUGAAGAGUUUUGUGCGUGUUAAAAUAUAUGUAAGUGCACUAACAUGUUACAAGAACUGAUUACGGAAUAAGUAGUUUGUACUCAUAACAUGAGCAUAUGAGGGGUGAAAAUUAAUAUAUAUCUCGAAGUACAUAUGUAUGUAUUUGAGAAUGAAAAUAGAAAUAGUGCAUAUGGUAAAAAGUGUUUUAGAAAUCUCAAAAUUUAAAUUUUUUAAAUUACUUAAAAUAUUUUCUUUAACUUACAAUUAUUAUAAAUAUGGAAUGUCCAGUAAUUUGCUUUAGCUAAAUAGAAGAGGCGACCAAAGAUUUGUUAAAUUUUAUUUAUUGUUUAAUUAUUUAUUAAUAUUUAUUAAGGAAUGUUAUUAAAUUAUACUCAACAUUAAUAUGUUUAUUCAGUUAUUUAAAUUUGAAAAAGCUGUUUUUGAAACAUCUUACAGAAAUUUUCUGAAAAUCUUAUAUUAUUUUUUUUUAGUUUUUAAUUAACUUUUCAGCUACUUUUAAUUUCUUAAAGUUUUCUUGCUUCUUUAAAUACAUAAAUAUAUGUUAACAAAUUAACACGAUCUAUCUACCAUACAUAUCAGCAUGUGCCAUGCAAUGCAGAAUAGAGAUUAAAAGUUGAAAAUACAUUUUUAUAAACAUUUACCGGGCCAAUUUAUUUUCGACGAAAGUGCAAAAUAGUUUGUUACCUUUUGGAGAUUAUAUUUAUGUGGUGGUAUAUGUAUGUACAUAUGUACACAUACAUAUAGGUAAAUACAAACGCAUACUCGUAUGUACAAUUAAAAUAUAAGACAAAAUAUUUUUAGUAUUUAAAUUUUUUACGAAUAAGCCCUGUAAAAUAUAUUCAUUGUAAUGAGUAAUGGCAUAGAAUCUUUGAGAAACGAAAAUAUGAAAAUAUUUUCAAAACAAUUGGGUCAGUAAUCAAAGGUUGUAUGUUUGUACUCAGAAACUGAAUUUAUUAUACACUCAAAUGUACACGUAGAGGAAUUGAGACGCAUUGAAAACUUUUGAGAGCAUUUUUUAAAGCAUUUUGUAAUUACAUAUAUGCAUGCUUCUUUUUAGACAUCCAAUAUACAAAUGUAUACACUAACUUAUUUAUAUUUCGAAUUUCUCUUGUCUUGAUUAAAAAAUAUUUUUUAGAUCUGUUUGUUGUAAUUAUAGAAAUAUUUUAUGUAUAUGCUACAUGCUAGUAAACUAAUGAGAGGCUUUAUCAAUUAGGGUCAGAUUUGGCAGCUCUUAGUUUGAUAGUGUGAUAGGCAUAUUCUACGAUUUGCGUUCCUUUAAAUACAAUUUUUGAAAUGUAAAUGUUACUACAAAUAUAACUGUAUUUAGUUAAAUAAUAAUAAAGAGCAGCCGGUUUAGUCUUAACAACAAUUGCGAGUAUUUUAUUCAGUCAGUUUUUUCGUUGCAUACAAUUAAUAUAUAAUAAUGUACCGUCAUGUUGUUAAUAUCAUAAUCAAUAAGACCCUUUUCAUGACUUUGAGGGCAAACAUAAUCGCCCCUAUUCCCGUUGUCGUUAUCGUUUUAAAACGACUUAAGAACGCCUAUUUGGCAUUCCUGUUAGCGUUAACGACAUUUAUCGAAAAUAAAUUGAGAUUCCCCAAUUUAAAACGACUAUAGAAACGACAUAGAAACAGUCGUUUUUUGUCGUUGCUAUAAUUGGGAGCGACAUAGAAACGACGCGGUUGUUUGAAGGAAAAUUUGAAGUGAAGAUGAAAAUUCCAAAUUGGAAACAGUUUGAAAUUUUAAUUUCUGAAAUGGAAAAAUAAAAAAUCGCAUAUGCCAAGGACUUUAGAAAAGGGAUAAAUCCUUUAAAUUUCGAUUUUUGGGAGGGAUAUUUUUUUCUAAAAAAAAAAAAUAAAUCCAUUCCACCGCCAUCUCGCGUCGGAAAUUGUUGGCAUUAAUAAAAUUGCAUUUUUAUAUCUAAUAAUAUAUUUAAGAUAUGAAAGAUCUUAAAAUUUAAAAUGAAGAAAAAAAUAGUACUCCAACAAGAGGAGGAGUUAAUAAACAGACACUCAUGUCUCCUUUGGCUGGACCACUAGUUAGAGUAGUCGGAUUAGCCAGAAGCAAGGAGCAUGAGGCGCUGGAAGUAUAACAUAUUUUAGAAGAAAGUUUGGAGGACGCAAAUGUCACCACUACUUCUUUUAAAAAACCAAAUAAAGAUGGAAGACUAACAUUGUUGUACGUAAGUACAAUAAUUACAGUGAUAACGUUGUUUAGAGUCAAUAUAGAAUAGCAUAAAAUCAAUUAAGGACUGCUUUAAACAUGUGUCCCGUUACAUAAGAAAGAAAUUUUUAUAUGGGAAAAGCGCUCCUUAAAGUAUACUAUAUAAAAUAUGUAGACAAAAUUUGGAUAACUUUUCUUAGGCGUUACGAUAUACUUCAAGAAUACCAAUUUAGGAACGAAACGACGAUAAGAACGACGACGACUUAGAAACGACUAUUAAAAUGACAACGACAACGGGAAUAGGGCCGAAUGAGCCAACAAAAGUUAUGGCUUAACUUAGCUGUUUGGGUUUAACUAAAAGGAAGUUAAUAUAAUAUUAUAUUAAAGCAAUUAUGUACUUAAUUUAUUUAAAAUUUUCACAGAAUCAGAAUCCAAAUAUGAGCCAGUAACAAAUUAAGUGUUGUAUAAAUUGGGAAAUAUUGUUGUUAUUAACUCAAAUAGCUUUAAAAUAUAAAGUUUUCGGCACCAUGAAUCCAUUGAAAGGGCUGGCUAUCGGUACGGUAUAUGCUCCCAUGUUGGGAAAUGCAAUCAAAUCUCCACAAGAUAGAUUUGGCAAGUAUGCAUCCUCGAU